CCCGCCUCCUCCGGGCCCAGCUGAUCUCUGCCGCCCUUUGGGCCUGAAACCCAGGAGCCCAGAGCCACACGCCCUCGGCUCCCGGCCCCCGGCUCCGGGCCCGCCCAGAGAGCGGCGGGCUACAGAGUCCCCACGCCCUCGGCUGCCGGCCCUCGGGCUCCCGCCCCUGGCCCGCUCCGCGCACUGUCUGGGUCCCGUGGGCUCCGGGAAGGGAGGUGGGGCGGCUGGGCCGGGGGCGGGGCGGCGGCCGCGGCCGUGAGCCCGCCCCGCGCUCGCCCUCCGCUUGGCCGGCUGGCGCGACCAUGGAGGUCUACAUACCGUCCUUUCGCUACGAGGAGAGUGACCUGGAGCGGGGAUACACGGUGUUUAAGAUAGAAGUGCUAAUGAAUGGAAGAAAACAUUUUGUUGAAAAAAGGUACAGCGAAUUUCAUGCCCUGCACAAAAAGCUUAAGAAAUGUAUUAAAACUCCAGAAAUCCCUUCCAAACAUGUUCGGAACUGGGUCCCAAAAGUCUUGGAACAACGACGACAAGGUUUGGAAACGUAUUUACAGGCUGUCAUUUUAGAAAACGAAGAACUUCCCAAACUGUUCCUUGAUUUCCUAAAUGUGCGACAUUUGCCCUCUCUACCAAAGGCAGAGAGCUGUGGAUCUUUUGACGAGACAGAAUCUGAAGAGUCAAGCAAACUGUCCCACCAGCCGGUGCUGCUGUUCCUCAGGGAUCCAUACGUCUUGCCUGCAGCCAGCGAUUUUCCAAAUGUGGUUAUUGAAGGAGUUCUCCAUGGGAUAUUUUACCCUCAUCUACAGCCCAGGUAGAAAUCCUCCAUGGCUAGAAGAAGCUGAAGCAAGUUUCGAAGUCGUAGUCAAGGAAAUCGAUACCUACCAAAUUAACCUAAACUCUAUGACAUGAUGGCUCUCGCUAGUGGUAAAAUUCACAGCGGCAGCUUAAUUCAGAGCAGGGACAUUUCCAUUAGAAUGGUGCUUUUAAAAAUAGAAACCGAACCAGGGCGGUGCUGAGGUUAAGGCCAAGUGUUUAAGAAGUAGAAUGUAGCUGCCAAUUUAGAAACCCAGGAAAAAGCUAAAGAUCUUUGGGAGCUCCGAGCGUAGCAAAACAGUUACUCUCUGCUUCAGUCACACCGUUUGCUAAUUGGAAAUCUUAUCCCGAAUCAUGGUGAGACUGAUCAACUUUGGUAGCUGUUUUGUUCAGAUUUUAUGACACACUAAUCUUUUCAUCAUGAGAUUUUUCUCAGCCAGUGAUGGGUAACAUUCUGAAGUGCUGGCACCAGGAGAGCAUCACAGAAACACACUGUGCCAAAUGUGAGGAAGGAACUAAACUGGGAAUGAAAUUAUACUGACAAUAUUAGGGCAUUUUUAAAAUCAUGGCAUUUUAAUUUACAUUACAGUGGGGCUGCGUCAUAUCCGGGGGUUAGCUUCUAAUGUCGGCACGUAAGAUAAAAUGGGGUCCCAAGAUUAUCCUUGAAAGCCCUUUAGAAUGGUACCAUAUUGGAAGUCUCCAUCCACGGCAGCCAGUUUUUCCUCCAGUGUUGGAAGAGGUAACUGUUUCUUCCAUUGAAGACCAAUUGAAGUUGUUGGUGUUUAGGGGCUAUUUUGUAGGAAAAAACACAUAACUUUAAACACUAGAAUGAUACUUAGCCUUGCAAGAUGCUUGCCCUCUAAGAGACAGAUAUGAACUUACAGUGACUGAGGGAACACCAGACUGACAACACUCAUCUUGGUUUACUUGAGGGCAUCCAUUCAUUGAAUAGGUGGUAUAUAAUUGCCAGAUUGAUUGUUAUUUUCCUUAUUCCUUAUCGUUUCCUUUUCACUGAUCUCAUGUACUGAAUUAAAUGUGUUUAUGAUAUAACUCCACUGUACAUCUUACAGGCAUUCACAUUUUGAGUAGUAAAGGAUAAAAGCAUAUAUGCAGCCUGUAUAUAUGUGCCACAUUUGGACAUGUCCUUGAAAACCAGUUAAUAGCUAGCCUAUUUAUGGUUAUUAGUUAAUAAGCUUCUGUGUGGGAGAAAAAUAUUUAGAUAUAAAACUAAUAAUUAAAUCAUGGUUUUUGAUUAGGAUCUAAAUAUACAGGUUUAAAGCUUGCUGCAGACUCUUAGAGAUUUAUUUAUGAUAGAUGUGUUACUACAUGCUGGAAAUAAGCAAGAACUAAAUAAUCAAGUGUCAUCAACCAAAAAUGACUGAAUAGUCAAGUGUUGGAGAUAUUUUUUAAAUGUUUUUGUUAUUAGCUAUUUUGAGUUAAAUAAAAAUGAAGAA